AUGGCAGUUCAGAAACUCCGGCGGCUGCUUGCCGGGGUUCAGUCCCGGCUGUCGGCUUCCUACAACCACCCUCGCAGUCCUACACACACGCACACACACACACACACACACACACCGACACCCUCGCGGGCGGGCGCUGUCAGUCCCAGCACCCACCCGCUGUUUGGGCACCAAUCGGCCCCGGGACGCACGCAGGCGAGAGCCGGGCAGAGCGGGCGGCGCACCGGAGGGGGCCGGGACCUCGAGAGACUCCGGGGCGGGCAGGCCCUGGCCGUGUCUCAGCCCGCAGCCCGCCGUCCCGACCCGCCACCACGCCGCGGAGCCGGCGCCCGCGAGCGCAGAAGAGCGAAAUGGGUCCCGAGGCCCUCCGGCCCGGCCCGGCCCGGCCCCGCGGCUCCUCUUUGGUUCCCGCCGCUGCGCCCUGCUCGCGGGGUCCUCGCGCUCCUCCACGACCCCGGGGGCCACAUCUCCCUGCGCCGGGACUCGUCCCUGCCCGCACUGGUCCCACGUAGACAGGCUGGCGCCUGCAGCCGGGAACGCACGCCGACCCUUCCUUGGCGAACUCUUCACUGCAGAAAACUUUCUCCCUGCGUUUUGGCCCCACGUCCCUUCUGCCUUCAGACUCCGCCAGGCGAGGAAGGGCUAAGGCAGCCGGGGCCGCGGUGUCCGAAAGGAAAACCCAGAAGUGGCUUCUUGCGUAACCCUUCCCUGUACAGCCUGCUGUCUGCUGGCCUGGCCUUCCAUCCCAGAGAUAGCAGUGUUUGGAUUUGUUAUCUCAUGGCCGCCAUCAUCACCACCAUCAUCUUCUCCAUCUUCACUCUCGUGAUCCUUACCUUGUCCGCCAUUUUUGGUACCCACUUACUUUUCCAGAGGAAAAUUGGCUGGUUAGGAGAUUUCUAA